CCGGGCAGGGCUGUGCCGCCGCCCCGCUCCGCUGCCGCAUCCCGGCUGGGCAGAAUCAGAAGGGGUCUGCGAGCUCCCUGCUUGGGUCUCUGCAGGCAGGAGACCCCUUCCCUGUGGGACAGCAGCUCCUCAUGCCCGGGCCUGGCAAAGUGUGGAGCAGGGAUGGCCACCCUGGGCACUCCAAGGGGGCAAAGCCACACGCCCAAGGCUGCUGCAGGAGCAGUGGCGUUGCCUUGGGACGGUCCUGCUGAGCCCUGGGUGCUCCUAAUCCUUCCGAUUCCUUCCCACAGCGGGCGGAGACCUCCUCGCUCCCAGCUCUGUGAGCCAGCAGCCCAGCCAUGUGCUCCCCACACCUCCUGGCCAGCCUGGCCGGACCCUCCCCAGCUGGCCAAAGGGUCGGUGCAGCCCUUUCCUCCAGCCAGCCCGAGGCUGUGGGAGCUCUCCCAUCUCCUGCCUGCCUGGGCAGAGGUGGCUGGGGACAGCAGAGGAGCCGCCUUUCCCCGGGGAUCAGCGUGGCUGUCCGCUAGCAGUGCCAAGCCGUGCCAGUGCCGGGCCGGGCGGGUAAAAUUGGUGACACCGGGGAGCAGCCCGAGGGGUGCCCGUGGCUAAUCAGCUCCCGUCCGCCGUGUUUGCCCAGCAGUGCCCGGUGCCGGCUGCCCCCGCCCCGCCUGGCCGCGGCAGUGUUUGGAGAGGGGAGAGGAGAGGGAGAGGUGCCCAGCCCUGCCCCCGCAGGGAGCCCCAGGCUGCCGGCCCGGGCAGCGGGGGGACAGCCCCGCAGGCUGGGACACUCCCUGCCAGCAGCGGGGCGCCCCUCUCAGCUCUGCGGACACCUCGGAACACGGUGCUCAGGGCAGGGAGGGCUCCGAGGGAGAGACCAGGGGCUGCGGGCACCCCAAAAACAGGAGAACAGGGCAGCUCUGGAUCAGGGCUGUGGCUGUCCCCAAGCCCAGGGGCUAGUGCCCCACUCCCUGAGUGUCCCCAACAUCUGUGACAGGAUCUGGUGCUGUGUCAGACCCCUGCCAUCCCUUCAGCUGUCAGGGGCAGGCUGUCCUGUGCACUCUGGCCAUCCUGUGUCCCCAGCCACCCUGCAUCCCCAGCCACCUGUGUCCCCUGGCCCUGUUCUGUGCUGCCCCAGAUGACCCUGCUGGCACAUCCAUGGCACCUCUGGCACAGCCUGUCUGGGACCUGAGCUGAUUGCCACUGUCCCUGUCCUCACAGGGGAGCCACGGGCCACAGCACAGGGUAAAAAUGCUGUCACCCAGCUCUGUCCCUGCCCUGGGGCUGGCCCGGACACUCUCCACAUGGCAUGUCCACGCUUGCAUCCACAGGUUCCAAAACCUCUCUCAGGUCAGGGAGCCCAACGUCCAUCUCGAAGGCCGGAGAUGAGUGGUCUGAACCUGCACGAGGGUGGAGAGGAGUGGUCUGAACCUGCACGAGGGUGCUGCAGCACCUGGGGGUACCCAGGGAAAGGCUUUGCCCACUGCAGCGGCAGCCCCUGUUUGCAGAGGCAUGGCUCGAUACACAGUAUGUUCUUCAGAAGAUCCCUACUCCAGGAGUCAAAAUAGCAUGAAAUUUAAUUUUACGCCUAUUUGACAAAGCUUGAUUUCACCUCCAAUCAGCGGGGAGAUAAGAGCCCUCGGCACAAGUGUGCGGGCAGUUUGGCAGCUGGGGCUGCCGAUUUAAUAGGUGAAUUUACAGGGACAACACUUGAAAAUCCCCUGGCGAGUGAACCAUUAAGCCGUCAGCUCGCUGCCCCGCUAUAAAUACUUCAGGCCCAGGUGGAGGGACGGGCAGGGGAGCGGCGCGGGAGCCUAUGCAUGGCCGGGCAGCGCCAAGGGUGACUCCGGGGCUGCCUGAGCGCUGACAUGGCCGCGGGUGUCAUCCAGCCCCUGGCCGAGCUGCGGCUGCCCUCGCCCUUCCCGCACGGCCUGCUGCUGCCCACACACCCCGAGCCCGACUUCCCCGACCUCUCCGAGGAGGAGGAGGAGGAGGAAGAAGAGGAGGAAGAAGAGGAGGAGGACGUGGAAGCAGUGGAGGAGAGCGUGAGGCCGGAGCUGGCCAGUGUCCCCAGCACCGCCGAGACCACGCUGCGUCUCCUCAAGUUCUCGGAGCUCAUCAGCUGCGACAUCCAGCGCUACUUCGGGCGGCGGGGCCGGGAGGAGGCGGCCGGCAGCCGCCCGGUGCCCGCGGACUGCGGCUCGCCCCGGAGCGCCGAGGCCGGGCCCGAGGCCUCGCGGGGCAGCCCGGGCGCCGCGCACCGGCUGGGGCCGCUGGCCGAGCUCUUCGAGUACGGCCUGCAGCGCUGCCGGCCCGCCGGCGGCAGGACGCAGCGGCUGGAGAGGAAGUACGGCCACAUCACCCCCAUGCACCGCAGGAAACUGCCGCCCUCCUUCUGGAAAGAGCCGGGCCCGGGCCCCGCCAGCCUCCUGCACGCCGGCACGCCUGACUUCAGCGACCUGCUGGCCAACUGGACAGCGGAGCCAGGGCCAGAGCUGCCGGGCCGCCCGGGGCUGGAGGCAGAGCCCUUUGCUGGGCUGUGACCCCGCUGUGGCCCCGGUCCCGCCACGUGCCACCCAGUUAAUGAUAAACCCGGUGGCCCCGGUGCCAGCACCGGGCACUCGGAGCUGCCGGGUCGAAGCCGGUGACGGGACGAGUGAAUAAAUG